GGCCACGGGCAAGCCCCCGAGGAGGGGGACGGAGAGGUGAUGCAGCUGGGGGCCGGUUCCCCGCCGCCUCCCCCUGGAGACCAGGCCCCCAAGACCGCUGGCCCCGAGCCGCCCCCGCCCCUGGUGCCACCGCUGCCCGCCGGAAGCCAGCCCUCAUUCCCGCCGUACUUUGAGGGCGCCCCCUUCCCUCACCCGCUCUGGCUGAGGAGCACGUACAAGCAGUGGGUGCCCCAGCCGCCGCCCAGGCCCAUCAAGCGCACCCGGCGGCGUCUGUCCCGCAACCGUGACCCUGGCCGCCUCAUCCUGAGUACCAUCCGCCUGAGGCCGCGCCAAGUGCUCUGUGAGAAGUGCAAGAGCACCCUGAGUCCCCCAGAGGCCAGCCCCAGCCCCUCAGCCGCCCCUCGCGCCCGCAGGCGGCUGGGCAGUGGCCCGGACAGGGAGCUCUGCAAGCCUGAAGAGCCCGAGGACGGCAACCCCAUGGCGGCCACUGCCAGGAGGAGCAAGAGGGAGCGGCGGGGGGAGGACAAGGCCCCGGCCGAGCAGGUCCCCCGCAGCCCGGUCAUCAAGAUCUCCUACAGCACGCCCCAGGGCAAAGGUGAGGUGGUCAAGAUCCCCUCCCGCGUGCAUGGCUCCCUGCAGCCUUUCCAUCCCCAGCAGGCCCCGCACGAGGAUGGCCAGGAUCCCGAGGCGUCACGGGACACUGAGCCCAGGGACAGGCCGCCGGGUGGGCCGUCGGCUUCCAUCCCCAAGCUGAAGCUGACACGGCCCGUGCCUCCCAGUGCAGACCUGCCACCCCCCAAGAUCCGCCUGAAGCCCCAUCGCCCCGGGGACGGCGAGGAGCCUGUGUACCGGGCCGAGCUGGUGGAGGAGCUGAACGGUUAUCGGCACGACCCGCGGGUCAGCUCACCAGCGCCCCGUGCAGACGACCCUGCCCACGGGCUGGCGGACUUGUCCUCAGGAAGCUCUGGCGAGGACGAGGACUUCAAGAGGUGCCCUCAAGAUCAGCGGGGACACGGCGGCUUGGCUUUCCUCGUCAGCUGCCCUGGGAGGACAGCAGACUGUGCCAGCGAGUCGGUGUGCAGCAGCGACAGCCUGGAUGAGGCCAAGUCGUGCAGCUCGGAAGGGGCGUCGGCAGACGCAGGGGACCUCUCGCCCGGUCGUGGCACGCCCGUGCCUUCCUCGUCCGGAGAGACUCACCAGACGGUGCCCCCGCUGACCGUCAGGCUGCACACGCAGAGCGUCUCUAAGUGCGUGACCGAGGACGGAAGGACUGUGGCCGUGGGGGAUAUCGUGUGGGGCAAGAUCCAUGGCUUUCCUUGGUGGCCGGCCCGUGUGCUUGACAUCAGCCUUGGCCAGAAGGAGGAUGGCGCGCCCUCUUGGCGAGAAGCAAAGGUCUCGUGGUUCGGCUCUCCUACGACGUCAUUCUUGUCUAUUUCAAAACUCUCCCCUUUCUCGGAAUUUUUCAAACUGAGAUUUAACCGUAAGAAGAAGGGGAUGUAUCGGAAAGCUAUAACCGAAGCUGCGAAUGCCGCGCGACACGUGGCCCCAGAGAUAAGGGAGCUGUUAACCCAGUUUGAAACGUAACUUUGGGUCCCCGACCAGGUCACUGACAACGAGGGCACAGCUCUUGUGCUGGAGCUUCUGACCUCCGUCUGCGGGACCCCUGUGUGCCUUCUGGCCGGCGGUGUGUGGAAACACGCUGGGCACGGUGGCCAUCUGGCAUGAGGCUGCCCAGAGACGAGUGGCAUGUCCAGGCUGGGGCCGCCCGGAGCCAGCGCCUCCUCUCUCAGCCGAACGUACUGGUUGCCACCACAGCUCUGGCUUCCCUGCUUUGAGAGGCAGCCAGGACGCGGUGACACCUUUGCUGCUGCUGCUGCUGCUUCAUGUGCUGGGGGUGUGGCGGCCCCCCGGCGAGGGCGUCUCCCGGAGGAAAAGGGCCUGCCGCUGGCCUCGUGGGCUGCUACGUGGGUGCCUGUACCCAGCCACAGAGGGUCCUCCCGGGAACAGCCAUCUCGGCCACUCCACUUGAGGCCACCCCUAGGCUUCAGAAAAACCAAAUUGCACACGUGGGGUUCUCCUUCCUGACUCUUGGGUGCCGGUCUCGGGGCACUUGAGAGGCGUCUCCCCCUCCAUGUUCAUCCCAGAGUGUGGUCCCACCGGGCACCCAGCACCUCCGAGGUCUCCGUGUCCCUGAGAUGCUGCUAUGAGUUUCCAGUACUGUGAGGAGGGGAAGGACUGUUGCUUUCAAACAGGCUUCAGCAUGACAAGGAAAAACAAACCUGCUCUGUCGUCUGUAAGAGUGUUUUCCUUUCCCCCCUUUUUGUCACUUUAAAGACCAAAAAAAAAAAAAGAACGAAAGAAAGAAAGAAAAGAAAAACAGAAAAUUCAUCUUCUGCUCUUGUUUAAAUGUAAAGAGAAUAAAAGGCAACCUGUGUUAAAGGCA